AACAGAAGACAUAUGAUCUUUGACAAGCAAUGGUGCAAUAUUGUUAUUGUUAAUAUCUAGAUUUAGACUUUAGAGUAGUUUCACUCUUUAAACGAAAAAAUUAAAUUAAUGUAUUAAUAAUGAUUCGAGAAGACGAUCCUCAAUUUAGAAUUACUCCAUUCCAACAAAUGGCAUCGGCGUGUUCCGGUGCAUUAAUAACCUCGUUAUUUAUGACACCACUAGACGUAGUAAAGAUUCGAUUACAAGCACAACAAAAGGCUUUGCUGUCAAACAAAUGUUAUUUGUAUUGCAAUGGUUUAAUGGAACAUCUAUGUCCAUGUGGAGAAACUGCUUGGAUACCGAGACGAGUCCAUUUUCACGGCACUAUAGAUGCAUUUUACAAGAUUGCGAAAUUAGAAGGUGUCCCAGCUUUAUGGUCUGGUCUAAGUCCCACUCUGAUACUUGCACUUCCUUGUACUGUGAUUUAUUUUGUGUCCUAUGAACAAUUGAGAUAUCAAAUGAAAACUAUCUAUAACACCACAACUGGUAAUCCUACUCAACCAAUGUGGAUUCCUCUUAUAGCGGGUGCCACUGCUAGAAUGACAGCUGUGACUCUUGUGAGUCCGUUAGAGUUAAUAAGGACAAAGAUGCAAUCAAAAAAAUUGACAUAUUCAGAAAUCAAUUUAGCUUUACGACAAGUCCUAAAGUAUGAAGGAUACAAAGGACUGUUUCGUGGUUUGGGUUCUACUCUGCUUAGAGAUGUGCCAUUCUCAGGUCUAUAUUGGACAACAUUUGAGACAACAAAAAGAAUUUUUAACAAGCCAGAUUCAGAAAAGAACUCAUUUUUAUUUAAUUUCUUCUGUGGUUCUGUGGCUGGCAGUAUUGCUGCAUUUGUAACAUUGCCAUUUGAUGUGGUGAAGACCCAUCAACAAAUUGAAUUAGGUGAAAAGGAAAUUUAUACAGAUGGUAAAAUACAGCAGCGGGCUUCAAACAUGCAAGACAUAGCAAGAAAUAUUUACAAGAAUCAUGGUAUUAGAGGUCUCUUUACUGGAUUAUUGCCGAGAAUAUUUAAAGUUGCACCGGCUUGUGCGAUCAUGAUAGCAACAUUUGAAUAUGGAAAACAAUUCUUUAGAACUUACAAUAGCCAAAAGUACAAGGAAAAAAUGCAGAGAGAUGGCAUAGAAAUAAAAAUAAUCAAAAGUGAUUAAUAUGAACUUUCAAGUUUUGUUUGUGUUUUACUUAUUUAGACAUCAAGAUAUUGUUCUUGUGACCAAAUCGAGUAAUGAGGACUAUUCAUAAGAGACAUUUGCAAAAUUUUAUUAUCAAUUUUUUUGUCAGUACAAAACUACAUACUUGUAUUGUUUUCGACAUGUGUUUUUUAUAAAGUUAUCAUUAAUGCUUUAAUUUAUUUAUAGAAAAAUUGUGAACAACACGUUGCUUUUGUUUCAUUUUAGAAGUAUUAUACAUAAUAUGUAGGGUAGACUUUAACAAACACUCAAGUGUCAUUUAAUUACAGUGUACAAACAUUAACAGAAUUGUUAAUAGUGAAUUUGAUAUAUGUAUAUAAGUUUUAUUAUGUAAUAAAUCUUCCAUGUUGUAUAUAAUUCAUAAUGUUAAAUUAUUGUCUCUAGGGCCUUAGUUUAAAUAUAUUGUUGACUCGAAUACAUAGUUGUUAAUAAAAAAUAUCAUAAUAAAGAAAACAAUGAGAGAACUUUUAUACUUACUUUAUUAAUAUUAAAAAUUCUUAAAAUAACAUUAAUGUACUAUUGGUCCCAAUGGUUCAGCUUUGAUGUUCCCGAGAUCUAAUCUACUAUCUAUAGACUCGUCUAUUUGUCCGACGAUCGCUAUAUUGUCACCACGUAUAAUGUGAAGCCCGAGAACAACUUGUGCUACUCCUGUAGACGACGAAAACACUCUUUCAUGGGAUUCAUCCAAUAUAAUGUUUAUAGUUUGGUCGAAUCCUUUUAAUGUGCCUAUAAAAUUUCUUCCAUCUGCAGUUAUCACAGACACUGUCUGAUUAAUAUAAUUUUCUAGACCUGAAGCCAUAGCUGUGUUUUAAAACUACUCUAAUUUACAACAAUAAAGUAAAAAGUAUUUGGUUA